AUGUCGGGAGAUAAAAACAAAAGUGUUUCUAAUGAAGUUGCGAUACCGUUAUCUUCGUAUCAAUGCCCAAUUUUAAACAAUAGCAAUUAUACACUAUGGGCAUUAAGAAUGAAGAAGAUACUUGUGGCAAAUGGAAUUUGGGAUAUGUUAGAAGGAACAGGUACAUCAAAAGAGAUCGAUAUAAAAAAGGAUAGUUCUGCAUCGGCAUAUCUAUUCCAAGGAUUGGCCGAAGAUUUGCAAAUGCAAGUUGCGGGAUGUGAAACGGCAAAAGAAAUUUGGGAUUCAUUAAAGGCUAGAUUUGUUGGGACAGAAGAUGUUCAACAAGCGCACUCGCAACGAUUGAAGUCAGAAUUUGAGAGACUCCUUAUGAAAGAAGAUGAAUCAAUAGAUUCAUUUGUUGGAAAGAUGAUGAGUAUUAUUACAAAGGCUGCUACAUUUGGACUGACAUUUGAUGAACAAACAAAAGUACGGAAAUUACUCAACGUAGUACUAGAUAACUUUAUACUAAUAGUAGCAACCAUUGAAAUGGUUGUUGAUUUUAUAGAAGCGAAAUUGGAGGAGGUUAUUGGGAAACUUAAGACUUACGAAGAAAGGCUUAAUUUUAGAAAAAAAAGUGGAGAAGAUAAUAGUGAAAAGUUGUUGUUCACACGUCAAGGGAAUGACAAAAAUUAUGAACACAACUAUGGAAACAAUAGACAAGGAGGUGGUAAUAAGACAAGAGGAAGAGGCCAAGGAAGAUUCAUAAGAGAUAAUAUAAAUGAAGAUAGUUUCGAUAGAUGGAAGAAAAGCGCUGGAGAUCAAAACUAUCCAAGAAGACAACUUAAGGAUGUACAAUGUUAUAAUUUUCAAGACUUUGGACACUUUGCUUCAAAUUGUCCAAAACCAAACCAUAGAGAAAAAAAAGCAAACCUUAUGUUCGAAGAUGACGAACCAGCACUAUUGAUGGUAACCACUAAGGAUGAAGAGGAAACAACAUCCUUAAAAGAAAAGAAGAGAAGGAAUGGAAUUGUCAUUGAGAAGAAUGAAAUUCCAAAAGGAAAGUUAGACGACAUGAGGUCAGAGAUAAAAACUGACUUGAGAAGUAAACUAGAGUUUUGGAAGUUUGAAAAGCUUCAAGACUUUGAGAUAGAGAAACAAGUGUUUGAGAAGAAAAUGAGAGAUAGAGAAAUAACAUUUGAGAAACAAAUCAAAGAGAUAAAAGAGUUAGAGACAAAAAGAGAAAAGUUUGUGAAAGAGAAACAUGGAAUUUUUCCGAAUAAGAAACUCCUAGAGGAAGAACCAAGAAUUGACAAUGGCGAAUGCAAGAAGCAUCAAGAGACGCCAUCAAGAUUUCAAAAUGAAAGCAAGAUUGAGAAAGACAUCAAGUCAAGACACAAGAAAGUCGAAUCUGAAGAUCGUGAUACAAGAAAUGGAUUGUCGGAGAUUCAAGACUAUGAGAUGAUACAAAUGAUGGAAGAUACCGACAAAGUUAACAAAGAUGAUCAAGAUGAGAUUGAAGACAGGAAUAAGAGAAGCCAAAUCAAGGAAGAAGUUCAAGACAUAGUUCGUGUUAAAGAUCAAGUCAAAGGAAAUGGAAACAAGCCAAAGUUCAAGGUUAAAGAUGAUGAAACUUGA